AUUUUGUGAAGAGUCCGGAGCGUGGAUGAGGCGAAGGUAUAUGUGAAAGAAGAAGGAGGGAAAUAAAAAGCCUUAUAGAUAAGAAAAACGACGCCGUUCCGGAGCUGGGGCCUCCUGGGCAGCAAGGCGAAAACCCCCAACCCUUCCUUCACUGGAGCUCAGCUUCGUGUUUUGUUUUUUUAUUUAAAAAAAACCCCACCCGCCCCACCGCACGCACACCCCUCCCAAUGUCUUAGAAUGAGCCGUUUUUUUAUCAAAACGGUGGCUUUACGGCCCAGCAUUGGCCUUGCAGUGAAGCCAGAGCUGGAUUGAAAGAUGUUAAUUUUGGGGGGAAAAAUCACUUUUUUUUUUCCUGCAGCAGCUGGGUUAGAGGAGGAAUCUUUUAGCCUCGCAUGAGCUCACCUCUCUCAGGCAUUUUUAGAAAUGGUGUUCAAAGGGCUUGGAUUGUUUCCUGCCUGGAGCUCUCCCCUGCCUGGUUCUGCAGUAACCGUGGCUGGAACAAGAGGGUGAGAGGGGGGAAAAAGGACAGAAAAAUGAAAGAGAGAGAGAGAGAGAAAAAAAAUCGUUACUGACUUUGACCUUUUUACACCUCCAGUUUUUCUAAUCUGGGCUAUUUUUAUUUUUGUUUUUUUACAGCGAGAUUUUUUUGAUCUUCAGCUACAGUAAGUUAUUCAAUUUUUUCCAAUUUUUUCCUGCCUUUCCACUGAUUUCCUUUUUAUCGUUGUUGCUAGUUACUUAUUGAUAUUAUUGCUACUAUGAUGGUGGUGACUGUGACUAUGAUGAUGUGUUGCUGAUGGUGGUGAUUAAAAAAAUGACUGCUGAUUUUUAACCGGAUGAAAAUGGAGUUUUUCUGAGUGGUCCUAACUGACUCUGGGCUUUUAACCCCUUGGGGGGGAAAACACAACAAGGUUUUUAAAACACAUUUUUUUAAAAAGUGGAUUGAUCGCGUUUAACUCUUUUUUUCCCUCCCUCCCUGAUUGCCUGGCUGCUAAGAACGGAACCCAAUUUCUCUCCAGAACUUGUUUGAACAUCUCAGGAAGUUGCUACACUUUUUUAUUUUUAUUUUUUAUUUUUUAAUAUUUCAUUUCUGUGCAAUUUUUCAACUGUUGCUGCAAUGUGUCUGUGGUGCUGAUCGCUCGCUAGCAGUGACAGCCUUCCCUUGGUCAGACCCUGCCCCCCCCUUCCUGUCUCAUACCCUUCAGUUCCCGUCUUGAUCUUUUCCUCCACACCGUCCCUCCCUUACAAACGCCGUCAUGGACGCCCAGUCUGGAUUGGCAGAGGCCGUUACCUGCGGAGCCUUGCAUGGAGCAGACACAAACCCAUCUUGGCUGAUGGUAAGGGGCUGAGUUGGCUUACUUCCAGGCUUCAGCAGCCAUCCCUCUUAAAGGCCUUGCUGAAAAAGAGUACACACCUGCACUUCAAGCAAAACUCUUGUUAGCAGAUCUGAGUGGACUGUUCAGGUCUUCAUUGCCUUCUGUGCAUGCAGCCACUUUAAGGGUCAGAAGUGGGGGAGAGAGGUUGUCUUGUUUUGGGGAGCAAAACCAAGUUCAACAACCAAGCUCAGUAUAUCUUGUUGCACUGGGCUUUGUGGGUGGGGGGGUGACCUGGCCAGUUUUGUGUGGUGGGCUCUUUUCUUUUUUAAAAAGUGGCAACAAAACUACACUCCCAGAGUAUAAUUCUGUGUUAAAAAUUGCAGUGCAUGCGCACAUACUUGGAAUCUUUUGCCCGUUACUUGACCCUGAUUAACAGAUUGAACAAUCUCUUUUAACAGUUGAGUUAUAUAUACCGUAUAUUCCGGCGUAUAAGACGACCCCCAACUUUUCCAGUCAAAAUACAGAGUUUGGGAUAUACUCGCCGUAUAAGAAAUACGGCCCGGUGUAUAAGACGACCGCCGACUUUUGAGAAGAUUUUCCUGGGUUAAAAAGUACACUACUCUUAUACGCAGGAAUACACAGUAAAAAUAAUUGAGUAUGUCACAGUGCCCAAGUUACCUUGAUGCAUUGCAGAGAUUAAAAGAAGUCUCUGCCAGCAGACUUAGGAUAGACAUGAGAAAGGCAACGGGGGCGGGAAUGAAACAAGCAAGUUCAGGCAAUAACUUUGUGAAAAGUUACAUCAUGAUCAUUAUUAAAGGUAGUGGUGGUGGCUGAUAAAGGCUUUGGUUAAUAAUGAAAUAAUAGCUACUCUCUAUGCCUUGGGUACAGCACCAUCCUGACAGCAACAAAUGGAAGAAGUGCAUGCUAGGUGCCAGCUAAAGUCAUGGGACCUCUCUUUGGAACCAAGUUUGGUGGUCAUAAUAUGGCUUUGGUAACUCAUGGACAGACGUGUAAUUGGCAGCCAGCACAUUUUGUUUUGGUUUGUGAGUCAAACCCAUUCAUUGCUACUCUGCUUUCCCUGAGAGCAGUAGAAUGUGCAGAGAGCUUGCGGACCAGGCUUUUGAAGAAAGCAGCACCCCUCUGCAUCUUCCAAAAAACCUGUGGAAGGAAACCUAGUCAUUCCUUGCCACCUCAGCUUGCUGCAAUUUGCCAAAGCCUAACUUGUGAGAGAGAGAGAGAGAGAGAAUGUUUGUUUUUUCUUCCAGUUGGGUUUUUGCCGAAGGCAUCAGCAGAGGGGGACUCCUGGCAUUUCCCGCAAAAUUGCAGCUUUGAUGUAUGAGAACCACCCAUGGGAAUGGAUGGAAGUGACCCUUUUAUCCAUGCAGGAAAGGGAAUAAAGGAGGGCUAAUACUCCCCUCCUUCCCAUAAUAGAUAGAUAGAUAGAAAUUUUAAAGAGAGAACAGCAAAGCACAGUUGAUGCUUUCUGUGGAAACGCCUGGGAGCAAAACCACUUUUCUUCUGAUUCAGGGGGGGGGUGUCCCCCAUGAGUUGGACUUCUGAAAGAAAGUGUCAGCAUCUCCUUGCUGCCUGCAUCAUGAAUUGAACUGGACAGGAAAGAGAUUGCCUCUUCAUUCCUCCAGAAAAGAGAAAGAUAGUGUCAUUUCUUCCUUUAUCCCUCUCCCCUGUUUUUGGCAGGAGGGAGCCAUGGGCCGCAAAAGCCCAACUUGCAAGAGAAAGAGAGUGUGUUGUUUUUGUUGUUACUUACUGAAUUUAUUUGUUGCUUUCUUGAGAUGAUAAUUUAUUUGUUGCUUUCUUGAGAUGAUAAAAGCAUACAUUAUACAAAAUACAACAUUCACCAGAAAAAUAAGACUACAAGUACCACAUUGUGCAUGCACACGAAAGCUCAUACCAAUGACAAACUUACAGUUGGUCUCUAAGGUGCUACUGGAAGGAAUUUUUUUUAUUUUGUUUCCACAUAACAUAAAAACACCUUGUUUCUUCCCCUGAAGCAUUGGGCGGGAUGGUGGUGGUGAAAGGGGGUACUUCCCUGCUAACAGGACUUGUGAUAGAAGUGCAGGGGUGGUCAUCAGUUGGGGGUAAAGCGCUCACGUACAGUGAGGAGGCAAGUGGAUUUAUCAAGCCCUGCAAGCACUAAAGCUGGGUCUCCUCGGAGCCUUGAACAGAGGGCCUUCUGACUGCCCUUGGCGUUUGGCCAUUAGAAUUGUUUUCGGUAGAGGAUGAUUAACGAAACACUCAUGCCACCUUGAGGUCGCACAGAAAGGUGAUAGCACCAUAAAUCUAAUUUCUGUCCCUGUGCUUUGCUGCAUAUUGUCAGUCCCAUAUACACCUCCUGCUAUUAAUCCUGUUUGCUGGCCUUUGGCUGCAGUGUAUGCUGUGACCACACACAAACACAUUUACCUUGUUUCGGAUCACAAAAAUCAUGUUCUAGUCUUUUCCUCUGCCCAUCUCAAACAAAACUGCUAGCUGGAACUGAAAGUGUUGAAUCUUUUGAAAGGUCUUGGGAUUUUCCCCGCGGCUCUAUUCAUUAUCCAGAGGUUGCUCUCCAUUCUCAUUUUGUUAUUGCAACAGUCCUGUGAAGCAAGUAUAGACAGAGAGUGUUCAUGAGCCUCUGGGAGUUUCAUUGCUGGACAGAGAAUCUAACAUGGACCUCCAGCAGUGAAACUUAACAAUCAGUCCCCUACUCUGUUCACUUGAUGGCAUGGGUCUGGGUUGUUGAGUAUCACAUGCAACAGAACUAAAUGUGUCAAGGUGGGAGCAGGAAAGUAAAAGGCAUUGCCAUGUUGGAUUUUUGUAAAUAGCUUGGGGGGGGGAAGAGAAUGUGUGUGCGUGAGAGAGAACGUGAGCAGCGUUGAAUGUUCCUCCAUGCUGAAACUUCUUUCCCAGGCUACUUUCAGAUGUAUUACAAGACCACUCUGAGUUUGUACAUAGAUGAAGUUCUGAUACUGAUUUAUGUUAGUUUCCACUGGUCGCUUUAAAAAUAUAUUCUAAGUACUGUAUAACUGUGUUAAAGGGACGCGGGUGGCGCUGUGGUCUAAACCACCGAGCCUAGAGCUUGCCGAUUAGAAGGUCGGCGGUUCGAUUCCCUGCGACGGGGUGAGCUCCCGUUGCUCGGUCCCUGCUCCUGCCAACCUAGCAGUUCGAAAGCACGUCAAAGUGCAAGUAGAUAAAUAGGUACCGCUCCGGUGGGAAGGUAAACGGUGUUUCCGUGCGCUGCUCUGGUUUUGCCAGAAGCGGCUUAGUCAUGCUAGCUACACGACCCGGAAAAACUGUCUGCAGACAAACGUCAGCUCCCUCAGCCAGUAAAGCAAGAUGAGCGCCGCAACCCCAGAGUCGUUGGUGACUGGACUUAACUGUCAGGGGUCCUUUACCUUUUUUAUAAUGAUGUUAACUAGGUGUGCGCAAGAGACUUGUGUAGAUGAGCAGGCUCCAUUGUUGCUCCAUGUAAGUGGUUGAAAUGAGGCUGGGACACGAACCAGAAUCUCAUUUCCUUGUUUAACAAUCUAAAGAUCACAGCAAGGUCUUGGCACUUUUGUUUUAAGCAUCUAUAAAUGGAGGUCCAAAGUUAGAUAGCAUUCACUUGCUGUUUUUGAAAGAAGUUUUGUUGAGAAAACUGUCUGAGUUGUCUCACUACUAGAAAUUCCGCUAGGUGGUGACUAAGCUUUUUGUAUCGGUUUCAUCUGGAGCUGGGUUUUCUGUAGUUGUGUUACUUACAAAGCUGGUUAAAAACAAAAUUGAGGGCUGGGAGUAAAAUUGAUUCUACCCACAAGAUGCUUGUCGUUGAAAUAAGGGUCUUAGCGGUUGACGUGAUAAGAGACCCACCCAUCUUGGAAUACCACUGCUAGCUUUAGACACAAUAUCAUGCACAGCCUAUGCUUGACAUGGGCACAGGUGUCUCUUGUGGGAGAAUGUGGGUGGUUCCGUGGCAGGCUGAUGGCAAAGCCACCUCACUUCCUUUAGUGCCUUAUGAGAAAUGGUCUUUGCCUAGUGGCAAUCAUUUUUUAAAAAAAGGAAAACGCAGUUGCUUAGCAAUUCUGCUAUGCCUUACUGCUUGCAGGAUGGAUCUGAGAUUUUCCAGCAUGCCUCAGGGAUGAUAGCUUCUCGUUCAAAGGGGGAAGCGCUUCCUGCCAGGCUGUGUGUGUAUUCUGUUGUCUGCGUGUGUGCGCAUGUGCGCAUGUGUCAAGACGCUGAAAUCCCACGUGACUGCUUUCCCUUUUCUGACAAUCUUCCUCCUCCAGCACCAAGCCUGUGUUCCUGCUGCAUACUUGAGUCAUGGCCAGCAACGUCACCAACAAGACAGACCCACGCUCCCUGAACUCCCGUGUGUUCAUUGGCAAUCUCAACACGCUAGUAGUGAAGAAGUCGGACGUGGAGGCCAUCUUCUCCAAGUAUGGCAAGAUCGUGGGCUGCUCUGUGCACAAGGGCUUUGCCUUUGUGCAGUAUGUGAACGAGCGCAACGCUCGUGCUGCCGUGGCAGGAGAAGAUGGCAGGAUGAUUGCAGGCCAGGUCCUAGAUAUUAACCUGGCUGCCGAGCCGAAGUUGAACCGGGGCAAAGCUGGGGUGAAGAGAUCGGCCACAGAGAUGUACGGGUCAUCUUUUGACCUGGACUAUGACUUCCAGCGUGACUACUACGACAGGAUGUACAGCUACCAAGCGCGGGUGCCGCCUCCGCCUCCCAUUGCCAGGGCUGUGGUGCCCUCCAAACGCCAACGGGUUUCUGGCAACACCUCCCGCAGGGGCAAGAGCGGAUUCAACUCGAAGAGUGGGCAGCGGGGGUCGUCUUCCAAGUCUGGAAAGUUGAAAGGAGAUGAUCUGCAGACCAUUAAGAAGGAGCUGACCCAGAUUAAGCAGAAAGUGGAUUCCCUGCUGGAAAGCCUGGAGAAGAUAGAGAAAGAUCAAAAACUGAAGAAUGACAAGUCUGAGGAGGAGCAAAGCAGCAGCUCAGCCAAGAAAGAAGAGAGCAAUGUCAAGAUGGAGUCUGAGACUGGGGCGGAUGACUCCGCUGAGGAAGGGGACCUGCUGGACAAUGACGACAAUGAAGACCGGGGAGACGACCAGCUGGAGUCCAUCGAGGGGGAUGACAAGGAGCCCGAAGAAGGCGAAGAUGACAGAGACAGCGCCAAUGGCGAAGACGACUCCUAAGCGCCCAACACACCUCUCCUCUCUCCUCCUCAACAAACACCGACGUUCUUCUGAUAUUGAGCCUCACCAGCCCCUUGUCGGCUGCCUCCUCACUGCCCUCUUCCCUCCCUCCAUCCCAGAGCCCCGUGUGUUCAUGGCGUGUCUUCUGUUGCACCUGUCCUUUCUCCUCCCCCCCUGGCCAGACCCCCGAAAUAUCUCCUAGUAGUUCAGUUAAAUCCCCUGUAAUUCUCCUCUUUUAAUUUUGAUACCUCUUUAUUGACUUAACAAUUAAAAAGGACGUAUUGUUUUUAGA